UAAAACGCCACACACUGUUUGUUUCAACGGUGUGCUGACUGCAGACCAGUCUUCCUCUUUAAGAGGAGGAAAGGGGGCAACAAACUUCAGGAUUGGAGCGUGUUUCCAGAGUCUGAUGGGGUUUUAUGGUCGUUGUUUAAAAUGGAAUUAUCGAUAAAAAGCGACAAAACAAGCAUGCUUCUCGCACAGGUGAUUUAUAUAUGCCUGUAAAGCUGUGAGAAUGCAAGGGAGACACUGCAGCGGCAAACAUUGCUUGUCCUGAACCAGAGGAGUCACCGGCAAAUGAUGCCCCAAUGUGAGAAAGCCUCUGGCAGAGACGAGGGAGGAUGAAGACUUGGGGAGAGGAAUCGAGUGCGGUAGAGGUGGAAUAUAAUGAAGUUGAGUGGUAAAGGACUGUGCACUGUCUUCUCCAGCACCAUCCUUUUCGUGUGCGCCCUGUGCGAAGUUGUCGUUGGAUUAAGGUGCAUCUCGUUGGGAUCUACGAUGAAAGCGCAUUUCCACCUCGGCGUCGCGGCUGGAGCUUUCUACUCUGGGCUACUUGUGGGAAUCGGGCAGGUGUUGUUGGUGUCUGCGCUGCUCUGUCGCAGGGAGAAUCCCGGCUGCAGGAAUUUCUUUCUCCUCGGUGUUGUCGUCUUCUUACUGGGAGUGCUCAGCGCCUUUUCUGGUGCGGUUGUAGACGGGGACACGGCUUCUUUGGUGGGGAGGAAAUACUCCCAUCACUGCUUCCACUUAGCUGUUGUGAACCCUGCCUGCGAACAGCUGAGGGAUUACCAGCGGACUCUGGUCAUCUCCACUGUUCUCAGCACCUUGGAGUGCGUCCUCGGGCUCAUCAACCUAGUGGUCAUCAAAAGGUACAAAAGGGCGCAGUAUUCAAGGAGCCGACAAUCUCAGAGGCAGCGCGCCGGUGCGAUCAUUCUCAGUGAGGAGCGAGACUGCUCCUCCGUGGAUUUCCAGCCUGUGUCUUACAUCAAUUUGGGUGUCUUUAAUGUGUUUGACGAGGUGGUUGCAGAGGUACAGUGUGGGGGACACCCGUCUAGCGAGCUGCCGGGAUACUCGCCCACGGACCCGGAACUCAAUCACUCCUUCCCUUACUCUUACCCGCUCCCCACUGAACUGCCGCCCGCAUAUGGGGACAUCUUCCCGCUGAGGCAUGCAACAAAUAGCCUCUCUGGAGCAGCAUCCAGCAGCACUUUCCCCCGCCUUGACAAUCAGUUACUUUUGCACUGUUCAUCUUCCCCAUCCCAAUCAAGAGCAAUAAGUUAGUAGAAGGACAGCAGUGAUUUUCAAAUAAUCCGACCCUUCCUCACACUGCUUUUUAUUACAUCUGCCAGGUAAUUCAUAGCACACAGCCAGUCAGACUGAUGUACAGGAGCAGAGCAAAUGGAUACAGGCCAAGACAGUGCAGAUAGAUAAAUAUAACAUUCAUAUAAGCAACAGCUUUCUAGUACACUACCUAUAACAAAGGCAGAGCUUGUGUUUUGAAUGUUUGCU